AUGAACACACAGUAUAUUUAUUCACGUACGCAUGUGACACCCAAACGUGUCCUCACCGGCCGUCCUCCCCAGCCCCGCGAGUACAAGGUGACCCACGAGGUGUUCUUCGAGAUGGAGGCGGACGGGAAGCCGCUCGGCACGGUGGUCGUCGGCCUCUUCGGCGACACGGUGCCGCGGACCGUCAAGAACUUCAUCACCUUCGCCAGCAAGGGCUACGCCGGCUUCAAGUACGAGGGCACGCCCAUCCACAGGGUCAUCAAGAAGUUCAUGAUACAAGGAGGCGACGUGGCCACGGGCGACGGCAAAGGCUCCAUCAGCAUCUACGGCGAGAGCUUCCCGGACGAAAACUUCGAAAUCAACCAUUCGGGUCCAGGUUUCGUCAGCAUGGCCAACAGAGGGAAGGACACCAACGGUUGCCAGUUCUUCAUCACGACCAUCGCGACGCCUUGGCUCGACGGACACCACGUCGUCUUCGGAAAGGUGGUCGAGGGCCAGCCCAUCAUCCACAACAUCGAGUACACGGCCACCGACUGGAACGACCGGCCGCUCAAGGACGUCCGGAUCGCCAAGUCGGGUCGUCGCUCCGUCAAGACGCCCUACUACAUCAGCGACGACCCCUACAACCUGAAGGACUGGCUGAAGACGAUCAGCGUACCUCUUGGCCUCUCCUUCGGUAUCAUCUACAUCUUCAACCACUUCAUCAAGAUGCUGGAUAGGGGCAUCAUCCCGGACGACGGGUCCAUGCAGAUCGACGAGGCGGAGGACGAGCCCAAGGAAGGAGAGGAAGAGAAGAAGGAGGAAGGGGCGAAGAAGGAGGAGAGGAAGAAACUGCUGAACGAGAAGGACGAAGGCGGGGAGCUGAGGAGACGCAAGACGGCAGAGAAGAAGGAGUGAGAGCGAGGGAGGGUUGUCGCGCGCCACUCGCCAAGACGCGCUGGAGGUCGGCGAGUUCCCUCAAGGAGUUGGCCAGAAAGGGAACUCUGCUUUGUCUCAAUAAAAGCUA